UAAUCGCCCCAUCUAAAAAAAUAAUCACGAGAGGGCGCCAUUCGAGAAGUUAUCCUCACCGAUGCAUCCAUGCUGGAACGCUAUAAUGUGUCAAAUCGAAUUCAACUGAAAAGCCACAGACCAGAGCUUUCAUCUGCAGCCCACUAGUGUUUGCUGUCGUGGACUUUAGACCAUGCGCAUACACCAUGUCACAUCCUCGUGCUCUAUCGUACACGAAACAACGGUGAUAGGCUUACACGCAUUUAUUUUCAUAAGCCGGGCUUCCUAACGAUCUGCAGAAACUGAUCUUUUCGUAGGAGUACUUCUACCAAGGUCGAAAAGCCAACGUUCCUACAGACAAUUUGCUACGAAGCAUAACUUUACUAUGAAGCAAAAACGUUGUAGCUAUGUAGGUUACUACCUUCCGAAGAGAAAAAUAUACAAGGUUUUCCGAUCCAUCAUCCGUCGAGCUGUUCGGCCCAUCGUGGGUAUCAUUCUAGUCAUAAUCUUGUGCGGUUCCUACCUUGUCCUGCCCGGUCCCUGGGUGGGAAGUCUGUCGCAGUUCUUCAAGUCUAACCCCAGCCUUACUCCGGACGGCUUCUACGUUCGUGACCGGCGCGAAUUCAUCACGAGAUACCGCCUAGAUCCUUCCACGAACGGGUCCACAAUCUUCCGGGAGUUUCUGCUUUAUGGGGGCAUCGAUAAUAUGGAGGAUUUCCCAGAACUGAGCGGUAUUCUUAACCUGUUUGCCGCCGGGAUACCAGGGUCCUAUCGACACCGCGCUGCAGUGCUCUGCCCGGGUUUUAGGACGGUGAUUGGAGUCACUGUGUCAACAGACGUUGAGGAAUUCAAGACAAAAGAUGCUGUGGUGUUUGGAAUGAUGCCUAAAAUGCUUGCCGGGAAUUUAGCAACUCUGGUGAAUAAAUUGCCACCUGUGGGUCAAACCUGGGUGUACUUCAGCACGGAAUCUCCAUUCAGGGCCCUAAGAUGGGUUAAAGAUUUAAGGUUAGCAAAGCUCAAAUACCACAAGUUGAUGACGUACAAUGCCGACUCAGACAUCCCUUUCUCAUUCGGGAAAACCGUAUCUAACGAGACGUCCGGUUCUUUGAGGAGAGUUUUGUCUAAGCAAAACUAUGCAAAAGGAAAAAACAGACUGAUUGCCUGGAUGGCUAGCAAUUGUGAAGAAAUUUUCUGGCCGAGAAACGAGUUCGUGGAACGGAUCAGAGAGUUGGUGAGGGUUGACACCUACGGUCGGUGUGGAGCAAUCGACUGCUUGCCGCGCGGCUCCGAACAGUGCAAGAAACUGCUGGGACAGUACAAGUUCUACCUCGCUCUUGCAAACACAGAGUGUCGAGAUUACAUCACAGAAACGUUUUGGGACACAUCCCUCCAGCAUGGCAUCUUGCCGGUCGUUGGUGGCGCACCAAGGCAGGAUUUUGAACGAGUGGCCCCAAGGAAUUCUUUCAUCCACAUCGGUGACUUUCCUUCGAUCAAAGAACUUGUCGACUACCUCCUGUUACUGGAUAGGAAUGACGCUAUGUACAAUAAGUACUUCGAAUGGAAACUGACGACACGCGUGGAAACUCAUUUCCCGCCAAAGCCGGAACUAUUUUGUAGCAUUCUUCCGCAUCAGACUGAUGCGUCAAGUAUAGUAGUUCCCAAAGUGAAAGAGCUGGGAAAUUCCUCUUGGUUUAAAAUGUGCAGACAUAAAGUUGAUAUUUCCUCAGCGGUUCGCGUUCGAGCAAGAGUCAUAGACAACAAUUUUGACAAUUGGACCCCCUGGAGACAACAGAAAUAGAUCUA